AUGUCAGGAGAAAAACGUCCCGCUCCGGAGGGCUUUGCGCACUCGAGCCAGCUUGUCGUCAAGCGAAAGAAGUCCGAUGCCGACCUUCACCCCGGGAACGCGGUCGUAAAGAGCUCGUCGCAAAAUGGCGCACUCAUUCAAUCGAUUCCUCGAACGAGUGGACUUGAGGCGCCGAUUAUAGAACUAACAGGGCAUUCUGGUGAAGUUUUCACUGUACGAUUCGAUCCGACAGCUCAGCAUAUUGCGUCCGGCUCCAUGGACCGAUCUAUUUUACUUUGGAACACAUACGGACAAUGCGACAACUACGGUCAACUGUCAGGCCACAAAGGAGCUGUUCUCGAUCUCCAAUGGGCCCGCGAUUCCCGAGCACUUUUCUCCGCCUCCGCCGAUAUGACCUUGGGGAGUUGGGAUGUGGAAACUGGAACCCGUGUUCGCCGCCACAUGGGUCAUGAAGAGAUCAUCAAUUGCUUAGACAUCAGCAAGCGUGGUCAAGAACUACUCGUCAGUGGUAGCGAUGAUGGUUGCAUUGGAAUUUGGGACCCGCGACAAAAGGACGCACUGGAAUACCUUGAGACCGAGUUGCCUAUUACCGCAGUUGCGUUGUCCGAGGCCGGCAACGAAAUUUACAGUGGCGGCAUUGACAACACCAUUCACGUUUGGGAUUUGCGCAAGAAAGCAAUUGUAUACUCCAUGGCUGGACACACCGACACCAUUACCUCCCUCGAAAUCUCGCCAGACUCCCAAUCUCUCUUAUCUAAUUCUCACGACUCUACGGUGCGAACAUGGGAUAUCCGUCCUUUCGCACCUACGAACCGCAUGAUUAGGACGUUCGACGGUGCUCCUGUUGGUAUUGAGAAGAAUUUGAUCCGCGCCAGCUGGGAUCCUAAAGGCGGGAAGAUCGCCGCGGGCAGUGGUGACCGGAGUGUGGUGGUUUGGGAUGCCAACUCGGGCAAGUUGCUAUACAAAUUGCCUGGUCACAAGGGCACAGUCAACGAUGUUCGCUUCUCGCCCAACGAAGAGCCGAUCAUUGUGUCAUGUUCCUCUGAUCGGAACCUCAUGCUGGGCGAAUUGGGGAAAUGA